CUCCCUUGUGCUUCAUGCAGUCACUCUUCUCGUUGUUCACCCUGUAGCUUCUGCCAAUCACUACCAUCCAGCGCUUCCGCUACGGCCCUCCAGCAACCAUGGCAAGAUACAUCUACCGCCCGGAUCGCUCCUUGCGUGCGACAAGCUGCUUCAUGUCCCUUCCGGCCAGGGGGUCAGCAGUUUCAGGAGCAAAAAACUGGAGAAUGUUAAAGAGCUGAUCUUGCUACAAAGAUGAGGUAUCUGUCCUCAGUAUCAGCUGUGUUCAUCAUUGUUUUUGCCUUUAUCACUGCGCCAACGACAGCCAGACCCGGCAGUAUCUGGAGUGUUCACAUUGACAAAGAUCCUGCCCCGCCUCCAGACGAAGGACCUCCUCAAUCAGCAGGAGCUCUUCGAGACAAAUCCAAGCUGAAGUACGAGAUUGCCGGUAUUGUAGGGGCUUACGGAUUUUGGCUCAUACUCACGUUCAUCCUCUUCAUCUUCGUUGGGAAAAGAUUACGACGCAAAUACCAAACAUCCAAUCGUACCUUGAGCAUGGAGAUCAUCAAACCUGCACCACUGGCCAACAACCCCACGAUGAUGGUGGAAGCGCCCUUGAAGAGUCCCGGAAAGAUGGCCAGCUUGAAAUCAUGGGCAAGUAGUGGGCGUACACAUUCUCGAAAACAGUCCAAUGUCACUGUGUCGACAAUUGACGAGAGGAUUCUCGAGGCGGACAAAGCCAAAAACAUGGACGAAAUGACCAAGCUAUACGCAGCUGUCAUGUUGCACGAUGAAGCGAGGCCACAGAGAGCUCAGAGCAGUGCUCAGACAACUCCUAGAAGUCCCUGUUUCCCGCAAAAUGAGGGUCUUCCUCCAACGCCUCGAUCGGCCUACAAUGUUCCACCGACGCCACGCUCGCCUCACUAUCAAGCAAGUGGUAACGGACCGUUGUCGCCACGGUUUCCUCCCGAAUUCCAGCACCUCCACAAGCUCCAGUCAGAUGAGGCAUCUCCGCCUGCUCUGAUUCACCCCUUGGCACCUACUCCCGCCGAAGAUCCUGCCUCGAGGACAGGAUCGCAAAACAGCCGCAAAUCCAAGAUUUCCCAAUUGUCACUCAUCCCCGGACGAAGUGACUCUGCGGACCAGAACAAGCGACGACCUAGUCGCAUCUCUGUUCGUGGCCAGCCUAUCUCGCAGCCUCUGGGUUCAGCCGCUCUCACCGACUCAUCGGUUUAUUCUGAGCAGGGUAGUGUAUCUCCUCGCAUCUACCACCCCGGUCCGCCACCACCCACUCCGGGACAGAAGACUCCGGUGGUCUCAACGGAAGAUGUUGAGAAGAAGGGUCCGCCUGCUCCAUUAUCGCUGCGAAGCGCAGCGGCCUCAAACAGCUCCCACACCUUGCCUUUCCGGCAAUUCUACGACGGCUCAUUGAAGAGUGCUCCGCCAACAAAAACAACCUUCCUGGAUCGUCGCGAGAGCGCCUUGGGCGUACAUCCAAAGACGGGCGUACCCCAGACACCGUACAGCCCCUACAUGCCCAUGACACCCAUGACACCAGUCACUCCCAGUAUGUUAGUGACAAAGAAAGACAGGAAACGUAUGAAGAAGGAAGGCAUGAAGGUCUUGAGCGAGGACGACAUGGUCAUGAGUGAUGAAGAUAUGUGGGGCGAGUUGAAGUGAUGCUUGAAGCAGUUCCAUUCAUUUCGUUGUCUCCUAUGUUCGUUUCUGCCUUUCAUGUUAGGCUGGGCUCUCGUGUCACCCAAAUACGGCCUGCAAUGUAUAUUAGGCACAUGGUAGCGACUAUAGAUACCCGAGUUCAAGAUCCAUUCUAGAACUCUCUACGAUGA